ACUACCAAAAAGGCAGGGUCACCGAGUAGACAAAGAUCGGUCACGGUCAGGGGUGGCCACCUGCUUCUGGGGCCCUAGAUCGUAGCACUAGAGCAGGACGACGUACAACAGCCUCAGGCCUGGCGGCCCAGCCUCUUUCCACCCGGGGGAGGGAUCGAGGGAGGGCGGACGGCGGGACCGCCCCCGGCCCCAGCUCCAGCCUGGUCCCCAAGCCGCGCGCGGCCACGGCCGCUGCCAGGGGGAGGCGAGAGGCUCCUCCCUGGAGCAGAGAAACCAGUUUGUCCGGUCGGGCAGAGCGGAGGGAAAAGGGCUGCCGCCUAGGAAGGGCGCACGGACGCGGGGCGGGGGGAAGGCGGGGAGACCUUGGCGAGCCACGAGAGCCGGAGGAGUCGCGGCCAACUGGACAGGCUUCCCGGGGCCCCUGGCCAGCCCCUGAGUGCCAUGCAGCGCUAGCGCAGCCGCAGCGCCGGGGCCGGGCGGGAGGUGGCCAGGUGCGCACCAGCGUCGGACGAGCCUCGGAGCACCGCGCACCCCACGGAUGCCCAAGCCGGGGCCCAGUGAGCACUAGGUAGUUCCAAUUUGCCAGCAGAAUGAACACAGAAAGAGACUCUGAAACAACCUUUGAUGAGGAGUCUCAGCCCAACGAUGAAGUGGUUCCCUACAGUGAUGAUGAAACCGAAGACGAACUUGAAGACCAGGGGCCUGCAGUUGAACCAGAACAGAAUCGUGUCAACAGAGAAGCCGAGAAAAAGAGAGAGACAUUCCGGAAAGAUUGCACGUGGCAAGUCAAAGCAAAUGACCGAAAGUUCCACGAACAACCUCAUUUUAUGAACACCAAGUUCUUUUGUAUUAAGGAGAGCAAAUAUGCGAGUAAUGCAAUUAAAACAUACAAGUACAAUGGAUUUACCUUUCUGCCCAUGAAUCUGUUUGAGCAGUUUAAGAGAGCAGCCAACUUCUACUUCCUGAUCCUCCUGAUCUUGCAGGCAAUUCCUCAAAUCUCCACCCUGGCAUGGUACACCACACUUGUACCUCUGCUUCUGGUGCUGGGCAUCACAGCAAUCAAAGACCUGGUAGAUGAUGUGGCUCGCCAUAAAAUGGACAAGGAAAUCAACAAUAGGACGUGUGAAGUCAUUAAGGAUGGCAGGUUCAAAAGCAUCAAGUGGAAAGAUAUCCAGGUUGGAGAUGUCAUCCGUCUGAAAAAGAAUGACUUUAUUCCAGCUGACAUCCUGCUGUUGUCCAGCUCAGAGCCUAACAGCCUCUGCUAUGUAGAAACAGCUGAGCUCGACGGAGAAACCAAUUUGAAGUUCAAAAUGGCCCUGGAAAUCACAGACCAAUAUCUCCAAAUAGAAGAUAACUUGGCUACAUUUGAUGGUUUCAUCGAAUGUGAAGAACCAAAUAAUCGGUUAGACAAGUUCACGGGAACGCUGUUUUGGAGGAACCAAAGUUUUCCUUUGGAUGCCGAUAAAAUCCUGUUACGGGGCUGUGUGAUUAGGAACACCGAUGUCUGCCAUGGCUUGGUCAUUUUUGCAGGUGCUGACACAAAGAUAAUGAAGAAUAGUGGAAAAACCAGAUUUAAGAGAACUAAAAUUGAUUACUUGAUGAACUACAUGGUGUACACGAUCUUUAUUGUUCUCAUCCUGGUUUCUGCCGGCCUUGCCAUUGGUCAUGCAUAUUGGGAAGCACAAGUUGGCAAUUAUUCCUGGUACCUCUAUGAUGGAGAAAAUGCCACACCAUCCUACCGGGGUUUCCUGAAUUUCUGGGGCUACAUCAUUGUAUUAAACACCAUGGUUCCUAUCUCUCUCUAUGUCAGUGUGGAAGUGAUCCGUCUGGGACAGAGUCAUUUCAUCAACUGGGACCUGCAGAUGUACUACGCUGAGAAGGACACUCCUGCCAAGGCGAGGACCACCACACUGAAUGAGCAGCUAGGGCAGAUUCAUUACAUCUUCUCUGACAAGACAGGGACACUCACACAAAAUAUCAUGACCUUCAAAAAGUGCUGCAUUAACGGGAACAUCUAUGGAGACCAUCGAGAUGCUUCUCAACACAGCCACAGCAAAAUAGAGCUAGUGGAUUUCAGCUGGAAUACAUUUGCUGACGGAAAGCUUGCAUUUUACGACCAUUACCUUAUUGAGCAAAUCCAGUCAGGGAAAGAGCCAGAAAUCCGACAGUUCUUCUUUUUGCUUUCGAUUUGCCAUACGGUCAUGGUGGACAGAAUUGAUGGUCAGAUCAACUACCAGGCGGCCUCUCCUGACGAAGGCGCCCUGGUAAACGCCGCCAGGAACUUCGGCUUUGCCUUUCUCGCCAGGACGCAGAACACCAUCACCGUCAGCGAACUGGGCACAGAAAGGACCUACAGUGUGCUUGCCAUUUUGGACUUCAACAGCGACCGGAAGCGGAUGUCUAUCAUCGUGAGGACCCCAGAAGGUAGUAUCAGGCUGUACUGUAAAGGUGCUGACACCGUGAUUUAUGAACGGCUCCAUCGGAUGAAUCCUAUGAAGCAGGAAACACAGGAUGCCCUGGAUAUCUUUGCAAGUGAGACUCUCAGAACCCUGUGCCUGUGCUACAAGGAAAUUGAAGAAAAAGAAUUUGCAGAAUGGAAUAAGAAGUUUAUGGCUGCCAGUGUGGCCUCAAGCAACCGAGAUGAAGCUUUGGAUAAAGUGUACGAGGAAAUUGAGAGGGACCUGAUUCUCUUGGGAGCCACUGCUAUUGAAGACAAGCUACAGGAUGGAGUCCCAGAAACCAUUUCAAAACUUGCAAAAGCUGACAUUAAGAUCUGGGUACUUACUGGAGACAAAAAGGAAACUGCGGAAAACAUAGGUUUUGCCUGUGAACUUCUGACAGAAGACACUACCAUCUGCUAUGGGGAGGACAUAAAUUCUCUUCUUCAUACCAGGAUGGAGAAUCAGAGAAACAGAGGUGGAGUCUCUGCAAAAUUUGCACCCCCUGUGUACGAACCCUUUUUUCCACCUGGAGAAAACCGUGCCUUAAUCAUCACUGGCUCCUGGUUGAAUGAAAUCCUUCUAGAGAAAAAGACCAAGAGAAGUAAGAUCCUGAAGCUGAAAUUCCCAAGGACAGAGGAGGAGAGGCGGAUGCGGAGCCAGAGUCGGAGACGGCUGGAAGAGAAGAAAGAGCAGAGGCAGAAGAACUUCGUGGACCUGGCCUGUGAGUGCAGCGCUGUCAUCUGCUGCCGUGUCACCCCCAAGCAGAAGGCCAUGGUGGUGGACCUGGUGAAGAGGUACAAGAAGGCCAUCACGCUGGCCAUCGGAGACGGGGCCAAUGAUGUGAACAUGAUCAAAACUGCCCACAUUGGUGUUGGAAUAAGUGGACAAGAAGGAAUGCAGGCUGUCAUGUCCAGUGACUAUUCUUUUGCUCAGUUCAGAUAUCUGCAGAGGUUGCUGCUGGUCCACGGCCGGUGGUCUUACAUAAGGAUGUGCAAGUUCCUACGAUACUUCUUUUACAAGAACUUUGCGUUUACUUUAGUUCAUUUCUGGUACUCCUUCUUCAAUGGCUACUCGGCCCAGACGGCGUAUGAGGACUGGUUUAUCACCCUCUACAAUGUGCUCUACUCCAGUUUGCCGGUGCUCCUCAUGGGACUGCUUGAUCAGGACGUGAGUGACAAGCUGAGCCUCCGUUUCCCCGGGUUGUAUGUUGUGGGACAGAGGGACUUGCUGUUCAACUAUAAGAGAUUCUUUGUCAGCUUGCUGCAUGGGGUCUUAACCUCGAUGGUCCUCUUCUUCAUACCUCUUGGCGCUUAUCUGCAAACAGUGGGACAGGAUGGAGAGGCACCUUCAGACUACCAGUCCUUCGCCGUCACAGUGGCUUCGGCUCUAGUAAUAACUGUCAAUUUCCAGAUUGGCUUGGAUACUUCCUACUGGACUUUUGUGAAUGCCUUUUCAAUUUUCGGAAGCAUCGCCCUGUACUUUGGCAUCAUGUUUGAUUUCCACAGUGCUGGGAUACAUGUUCUCUUUCCGUCUGCAUUUCAGUUCACAGGUACGGCGUCCAACGCCCUGAGACAGCCAUAUAUCUGGCUGACCAUCAUCCUGACAGUUGCCGUGUGCUUACUACCUGUCGUUGCCAUCCGUUUCCUGUCAAUGACCAUUUGGCCAUCAGAAAGUGAUAAGAUCCAGAAGCAUCGAAAGCGAUUGAAGGCUGAAGAGCAGUGGAAACGGCGGCAGAAUGUGUUCCGGAGGGGAGCAUCUUCCAGGCGCUCAGCCUACGCCUUCUCGCACCAGAGGGGCUAUGCAGACCUCAUCUCCUCUGGCCGCAGCAUCCGCAAGAAGCGCUCGCCCCUGGAUGCCAUCAUCGCGGAUGGCACAGCUGAGUACCGACGCACAGUGGAGAGCUGAGUGGCACUGCCCUGCUGAGAGACCAGAGCUCUGGGAAAAUGUCUUUUUUUUUUCUUUAAUGAACGACUCAGGACCUUUUAAAACAAACAAACAAAAAAACCAAAAAACUGAAGUUGUCACAGUGAUACUGAUGACAAUAAUCUUUUUAAUAAACUUCUAGGAUUGUGCUGUUAAGCAAUCGCAAGGCCAAGAGACCACCUGUUAUUCAGCCGAUUGUGUCUGCUGAGAUUCAAAGGGAACUUUUUUUUUUUUUAAAUCCAGGCCUAAUGGAAGACGGCAGAAUUUAGAAAAGCCUCCAUUUCAGCUCGAAGGACACUACUACUACACUACAAAGUUACACUACAAAGUUACAAUUACGCCCUUCUAUCUGUGGUCUCAAGCGUGGAUUUCUCAGAUGCACUCCCCCCACACCCCCCACCCCCACGCUUGUCACCUUUAAAAAAAAAAAACAGAAAAAGAAAGUCUGUUUUAAAUGUAUGGCUGCAGUAACAAAGGGUUCCUAAUGUUUAUCACCUGACACCGAGUGGUUUAAUGACUUUUUCAAACUUGGUGAUCAGGCUCCCUGUUUCUCCCAACUAUUGAAAUUUGAAACACGUUUCCUUGAUUGAAUGAUUAAGUGCAAUGUUUCAUUCUGGUUUUGAUUUACUACCAGGUUAAAUAAUAUAUUCUAUAUUUUUGCUAUUUGGUAUUUCCCUGUACUACGAAGUGGUUUGACUUCCUACUUUAAUUUUUCCAAAAAAUGAUUUUUAAAAGUUGAGGACAUUAUCAACUAGUCUUAAGUUCCAUUUAGAUAUGAGAAAUAAAUUGUGGCACUUGUUGCACCGUAAAGGACUAUAGAUAAUGAUAAUGGAAUGUAUAUUUCAGAAGUGCUAGGCAAAAGGGAUUUGAAUGUUUUCAACACAAAGUGAUAACUGAGAAAUGAACAAACUGUGACGUCAACAUUAUACAAUAUACACGGGUCGCAAGGAGCACCCUAUGGCGGGCUACCUUGUGGCUUAGUAGCAGAGUUGGGGGUCUUAGUCCCAUAGCAGUACAAAAAGAAACAUCACACGAUGACCCAUAAAUAUGCACAAUUAUGAAUAACUUAAAAUUGACUAGAAAAGGACAGGACAAUGCCUACUGAAAGUUUCCUUUGGAAGACAACACUAGUUAGCUCUUCCAAGCCACUGGAUGGGCUGGGGUGGUAGGGAAGGAGGAGGGACAAGAGUCUUGACUCUUAAGUGAUAGGAACAUUGUUACUACUACCCACAACAGAGGACAAUGAUACAUACAAAGGUGUAUUCAAACUGCUGCCUGUGGCCACAUUCACCCAAGGAGAACUAUGAAUGUAGCCCACUACAAAAAACGAUAAAGUUACUUAAAACACUAUGAGAUUGUGUGUGUGUGUGCAUGUGUGCAUGCACAUGUACAAUUCCAUUGCUUGGUUCUUGAGUAUGAACUUUGCAGGUUGUUUGUCCCAAUUGUCAGGAGCUUGGACGUACGUACCUAGUACGAGAGUCUGUGGAGAACUUUCCCCUGUAUUUCCUGGAAUCAAAAGAGAGGUCUCCUGUUCAGAACAGAAAAUUUUAAACAAACUAAAAAGCCCAGAGGGCAUCAGCCAUACAUUUGGGAAUAUUUUGCAGAGUUGUCUGUUGAAAAGAAACUGUUUGUGUCCCCCUUUCUAGAAAGUAUUUUAUACCAGUCUUUUGGAGCCUUGCUCUGGCAUCUGUCUUAUGUCUAAGACAAAAAGACAAAAAAAAAAAAAAAAAAGUAUUUUUUUUAUUUUGAAAAAAACAUUAGGCAAUUAAGGAAAAUAUCCUUAAAAAGGUAACUUAUUCACCCCCCGCCCGGGGGACUUUUCUCAUUUUAUUUUAUUUUUUUCACAAAACAGUUUCCCUGCUCUAGUGAAGGCAUCCGUGGGUUACAUAGGUAACUUUUUUCCCUUGCAAAUGUUCAUGGCAGUCUAUGAAUUCCCAAGAGGAAACCAUGUGUAGUUCAUCUUCUAUACACAGGACAGGAAAAAUUAAAUUGUAAUUUCAUAAUGCAUUGUCUACGUGUGAUGAAAGAAUGUAUGCCUAUCUUCUGGAGGUAAAUUUCUGAAAGUUUACAACUUUACCAUGUAAAUAAAAAAGAAUUGUAUGUUUUUCUUUUUUUUUCUUUUUUUUCUUUUUUUUUUUACAGAAAAUUUAGCUUGUGUAAUUUGUCAGUUCCAGGUUUCACUUUCAUUUUUUUUGAAUGGCGGGAAGGGUUUGCAAUGCAAAUGUGUCAAAGACUUACACCGUUGGGUGCAAUAUUAAUAAUUUAAAAUGCAAAUCAUAAAUUAUUUCUAUACGCUGUAAAUCUGAGAUUUAAUGUAUAUUUUUGUUUAAAAAAAUAAAUGCUUUAGUAAAGUA